UUCCGUCUCCUCCCCUCUGCUCGGGCGGAAGUAAGAGCUGGAGGUUACAGACGGUGUGCCAGUGUCUCCUUGUCUGCCAUCAUGUUCGGUCAGGCUGCCCGUAGGUUCACCACCUCUGUCGUCCGCCGAAGCGGCCACUAUGAGGAAGGCCCUGGCAAGAACAUUCCCUUUUCUAUUGAGAACAAGUGGAGACUUCUUGGACUGAUGACUGUUUUCUUCGGCAGUGGAUUCACCUUUCCCUUUAUUAUUGUCAGACAUCAGUUGUUGAAAAAGUAAUUGGUGAUGAAGACAAUGUAAAGGUGCCGUGGACAGUCUGUGAAGCAAACCUAUCUAUUCCUACCAUGCCAGCCAUGGGUUGUAAAUAAACUAAUAACACGAUA